AUGAGGUGUGAGAAAGCUGGCAUUGCCUGCAAGGGUUAUCAUCGCGACACGGUCUUUGUCAAUCGAACUCCUGGGAAUCCCUCGACCACGGCGUUGUCGGUGCUGAAGCGCAGCGUUGACUACUAUAAUUGCCUUGAAGAUCAACCCAAGGGCUUCGCUGCGCAUCUGGAAGGGCUCAAAACACACCUGCUAGUCGGUCCGCGAACACGAUAUCGGCUGCAAGCCUUGGAACUCUUGAAGAGGCUUUACCUGCCUCAACCGACUCCAGCCAAUAUCAAAAAGUCCUCUCUCUUCUCCUGGCUCCCCAUUGUUUGCGAGCUUCAGGGGGAAAGCCAAGCCCUCGACUACUGUCUACUCACGUUCUGUGUGAUCCAAGUCGCCGUCAGCAAUCCGGGCAGCCCCUGCGUCGACGAGUCAUUACAGGUCUACAACGAUGCUCUGCAAAAGCUGCGGGUGGAGAUUGAAGAUGCUGGCUCCGGACAGAGUGACGAAAUCCUAGCUGCCAUCUCUGUGCUUUCUACCUGUGAAUUGUUCGUUUACCCUACAGAUCUCUCAUGGCGCGCCCAUGCCCAGGGCAUACGGGAAAUCUUGCGUAUCCGGAGUUGCACGGACGCCUCAUCGACCACAGUCUGGCAGAGCUUCUGCACACGAAUUCGAAUCGUCCUGCUACUUGAAGCUCUUUCGAGGCGUCGUGCUCCCUCUACCACAUUCCCUCAAUGUCACCAGCUCGCGUCUACCCUGAGCAAGGAACAGUACGAUUCACUGCAUGCACUGAUUGAUGUUGCUUGGGAAGUGCCUGUCCUGCUGGAAGAAAUGGACCAGCUGACCAGCAGUUGCAAUACAACGAUGCCCGUGAACGGACAUGCCAGAGAGGAUCUUCUCAAGCCUUCUCUUGCCGUCCUCGAGAAGCUUUAUGAGCGUCAGGAAAGAUACAAAGUGGAAAAAGGCACUUCGCUAUUAUACUGGGCCGUCCCAUCCAGCGUGGACAAUCCGACAGAUGAUGGGGGUCCCAAGCUGUUUCCUUUCGCCCUCCAGUUCGAAUCUCUGGAAACUGCCUGCCACAUGAUUCUCUGGUGGGCUAUCGUGCUACAGGUCUUGGGCAGUAUGAUUGAUCUCCACGAGCACUUUUUCGGGACCUCUGCUACCGCUACUACGACUACUCCUACCACCCUGCCAUCGACGUCCGAUUCCAAAGUGGCAAGGGCACGGGGGCCUGAAUCCGAAUCCGAAUCUGAAUCUGGACCUCUCCUGUUUUCAUAUUCAGAAAGCUCCCCCACAUCUAUAUCCUCCAUUGUAGAACAAGCCGACAAGCUGGCGCGUUAUAUCUGCCAGUCCAUCGAAUACUGCUACCAGCUCGAAAAUGGAAUCAUCGGCCCUCAACUGACAGCCUAUGCGCAGUGGGUCACGAAACUGUACUUUCGACGGUUUCGUCGUGACCGCGAACUGGCCUGGUGUUCGAACAUCAAAAACAUGAGAGGUCCCGGGUUCCGCCACGGGAUCGAGUUGAUGGGGUUUCAGGAUUGA